CGCUGUCAAACGCCACCAGCAGCCCGACAUAUUAAAAUAUAUAUCAAAAUGGCCGUUCCAACCGUAACAGUCAACGAGAUCUCCCAAGGCAUCCAGGACUACUCCUCCAAUGGAAGCGUCAAGAAGGUUCUAGAAGGUAUCCUGAACGACUACAUGGAUCUCCAGUAUGCCAAGGAAACUCCAUACACCACUGGCCAGCAGAUCCUUCCUACUGGCUCCACCAUAGAAGAUGUCCAGACCAGCAUCCAGAGUAAUACUGAGAAGAAAUUCAAUGACAUCUUCGUCACCAUCUCUGACAUCUACAAGAGUGGGGAUUUGACCCCCAAAUCCAAAAAUGAUGGUACCUGGGACCCCAAGCUUAAACCUGUUCUAGUGUGUGUGACCCCUAACAAAUAAUUUAGGUAUCUUUAAUAAUAAU